AACGUGGUCUGUUUCUACCCAUACAAAUCUCUGUCUAGAACCACCACUUCUCCAUUAGGCCACACACAGUAACCGCCUUCUCCUCCUCCUCUCUUCGAUCGUACGGAUUAUUAAUACUUACAAUAAUCCCCAUAUAUCGACACAUAUCUCUCCCCUCACCCACAUGUAGAGAGAGAGAGAGAGAGAGAGAGAGAGAGAGAGAGAGAGAGCUGUAAACUGCUCUUGUUGUGGAGAGAUAAAAAUGGGAGGGGAGAGUACUUCAAUGGGUGCGCUGGUGCCUAUAGUGAAGUCCGAACCGGAAAAUUCUUCCGGCGAAGCUCCUCCAGCUCAGCCUAUGCCUUCGAUACCGAUGGAGGAGAAGGGGCAGGGGGUAGAAGAGCUGGAUAAAGAUGUUUUGUGCCCGAUAUGUAUGCAGAUCAUUAAGGACGCGUUUUUGACGGCGUGUGGGCAUAGUUUCUGCUAUAUGUGCAUUGUUACUCAUCUUCAGAACAAGAGCGAUUGUCCUUGUUGCUCUCACCACCUCACCACCAAUCAUCUUUACCCUAACUUCCUACUCAACAAGUUAUUGAUGAAGACAUCUGCUCGUCAAAUAGCUAAAACUGCCAACCCUCUGGAACAACUUCGCCACACUCUAGAACAGGGAUGUGAUGCGUCAGUUAAGCAGCUCGAAAGCCUCAUGUCUCUUCUUGCAGAGAAGAAAAGUAAAAUGGAACAGGAAGAAGCUGAGACAAAUUUACAGAUUCUGUUUGACUUUCUGCAAUGUCUAAAAAAGAAAAAGCUUGACGAGCUCAAUGAGAUUCAAGCUGACCUUCAUUACGUUAAAGAAGAUAUUCAUGUAGUGGAAAGGCGUCGAAUAGAGCUGUAUCGAGCCAGAGACCGAUAUUCUGCAAAAUUGAGAAUGCUUGCCGAUGACCCUACUUCAAGAAACAUGUGGCCAUCCUUGAUUGAUAAACGUAGUGGUGCCACUGUCUCUAGGGCCCCUGGAGCACAGGGGCUUUGUCAUAUGAGUUCAGGUACAUCAAAAAUCAGUAAAACUGAUGCACAAACACCUGCGAGUCAUUUAAUCCUGAGAAAGGAUGCUUCUGGUGGAUCAGAUUCUCAAAACAUUACUCAAUCAAGACUGGCAUUGGCAAGAAAGCGGCGGGUUCAUGCACAGUUGAAUGAUCUACAAGAAUGUUACUUGCAAAAGCGAAGGUAUUGGGUGUCACAAGAGCAACAACAAAGGGAUUCACAUGGUUUGAAUAGGGAAAAAAGUUACAGUGCAGGUCUUGAGGAUUUUCAGGCUGUUCUAUCUACCUUCACGCGAUACAGUCGGUUGCGGGUCGUUGCAGAACUUAGGCAUGGAGAUAUUUUUCACUCAGCUAAUAUUGUAUCAAGUAUAGAAUUUGACAGAGAUGAUGAAUUAUUUGCUACUGCUGGAGUAUCAAGGCGUAUCAAGGUUUUUGAGUUCUCAUCGGUGGUUAACGAACCAGCCAACGUGCAAUGUCCUGUUGUGGAAAUGUCCACACGAUCCAAACUCAGCUGUUUAAGUUGGAACAAGUACACAAAAAAUCACAUAGCCAGUAGUGACUAUGAGGGCAUAGUAACUGUUUGGGAUGUGACUACACGUCAGAGUGUGAUGGAGUAUGAGGAGCAUGAAAAACGAGCUUGGAGUGUUGAUUUCUCACGUACGGAGCCUUCAAUGCUUGUAUCUGGGAGUGAUGAUUGCAAGGUCAAAGUUUGGUGUACAAACCAAGAAGCGAGUGUUCUGAAUAUUGACAUGAAAGCCAAUAUAUGUUCUGUCAAAUAUAAUCCCGGAUCUAGUAUCAACGUGGCAGUUGGUUCUGCAGAUCAUCACAUUCAUUAUUAUGACUUGAGAAAUACUAGCCAGCCGUUGCAUAUUUUCAGUGGGCAUAGGAAAGCUGUUUCUUAUGUAAAAUUUUUAUCAGAUAACGAGCUUGCUUCUGCAUCUACCGACAGUACAUUGCGCCUCUGGGACGUUAAGCAAAAUGUGCCGGUACGCACAUUUAGAGGACAUGCGAAUGAGAAGAAUUUUGUGGGUCUAACAGUAAACAGUGAAUAUAUAGCCUGUGGCAGUGAAACAAAUGAAGUGUGUGUCUAUCACAAGGCUAUUUCAAAACCAGCAGCUUGGCAUAGAUUCAGUUCUGAUACUGAUGAAGCCGAUGAAGAUGCCAGUUUAUACUUCAUUAGUGCUGUUUGUUGGAAAAGUGAUAGUCCGACCAUGUUAGCAGCAAACAGUCAAGGGACGAUUAAAGUCCUUGUACUUGCUCCUUGAUCCAUAAAACUAAAUAUUGAAAAGCUGUGAAAAUUUUACUUGCAUUACUUCUCUCUUUAGCCUGGAAUGUCCAGGUUAUGGAGUAGCCAUUCCUUGUCUCAUAAUUUGUUGUUAUUUUUGAAUUUUUUGUAUCUGGAAUUAGCCGUUGUCGCCAAAAGGAUGGGCAGAGUUUUGAAAAUAAGAAGGUUAUAUGUCAGUAGACGAAUAAAUAGAUAUUAGUUGUAAAUUAUACGUGUUUAUUCACUUUCAUGAAUGUUUGAAAGUAUAUGCUUAUUUCC